AAUUUCCACAUUAAUUUGCGACGCCGUGACGUAAACGUGUCGAGAGUCAGUGUCCAAAAAUCGGGCUGUUACUCACUUUUCCACUAACGACACACUUUUCACCGGAAAACAUAUAUUUUCCAUCUAAUAAUUUCUCCGUUUAAUUGUUACCACAUUUAUUGGCACGAAGCUAUUCGACUUUGGAAGUUUGAUUGAAAAAUUUCAUUAUUUUUGAUUCAAAAUCAUUUUUGUCUAAAUUUGUAUUGGUCUUCUCUUAUUAUCGAGUAUGCCAGAGAAGCACAAACCAUCAGGAAUUACUCUUCUGUCGACAAUUGAUGAACAAUCACAAGUCCAGUUGAGUGAAACAAGUUUAUAACGCUAAAAUUCUCCCAAAAUCCUCACUCUGAUCGACUUUGGCGCAAUGCUCUCAGAGUGUCGCCAUUAUUCGUUUGUGUAAAUUGCAAGAAAGCGUCGCUGGAGGAAAAUGGCACGGAAAGUGGAAUUGAUGGCUGAGAUCAAGAAAAUUAGUGAUAUUGUCUCCGCAUCUGACUCCAAUUGGGACGUGAUCGAAGUCACGCAAUUGUUGAAAUCUCUGGGUCUGCAGCUGGACAAGCUGGGCUUCGACACCGCGGCCAAAGAAGGCGCUUCUUCCGGCCUCUCGGUGGAGAUCCGCUGCGGCACCUCAAACAUCGUGUCGAAGUUGUCUCAGGCGCAGCGCAUUUGUAUUUGUCCGGAGAAUGGACACAACAGUUCCUUCUGGGAGGUUCAGGGAACCGCUCCUGGCGCAAUCAAGCAGGAGAAGAUGGACGAGACGUCGUCUAAUCUUCUGCCGGACAUCUCCAAGUGCGUCAAUGAUGGUGUGAAGGCGCUGAUGCAAGCGGCUCUUCAGCUACUGAACAACAAAAAUGGCCAGAAUUCCGAUGCCAACAAGGAGAACACUGAACCACAGGAACUGAACACUUCCUCCUCGACGCAAAUCUUGUCCAGCAGCCCGAAGAUUGACGUCUGCCUGAAGUCUAUGCGCGCUGACACGGAUCGUGAUAUUGCCAUCAUCCAGCAACUCUCCGAGGCGCGAUACAAAGUCGACCAGGCGCUCCUCAUGCUGCAGCUGAACAAGAGGACUGACGGGAUUCAAGGCUCUCUCCAGAUGAACACGCCACAGAAGCCCACCGCCGCGUCAUCGCCUCACUUGCCAUCUCUGAAGAAGUAUCCAUCACUGGGUCUGGGCCUCAACAAGUUGUCAGAGAAGCCAUCCGUCGGUAUUUUGGCUCUGCCACCACGGAAAGAUGCGCGCACCAGGCGAUCCAUGGGAAGUCUCCUGGACACUGCUCCGUCACAGCUGCCCAAAAAGGAGCCUCCAGCAAUACGCGUAUCCGUCGCGGCCAAUUCAGGAGCAACGCCGAAGUUGAAGCCAAUGGUUAAGCAGAACAUCACCAGCAGCCUGAGGAAGAGCCUCACAAAUCUCAACAAGCCGCAGGACAAGAAGUAAUUUUAUCAGUGAUUUUUUUUUUCAAAAAUUGAUUGCGUCAGUAUUUUUACAUUAAAUGUUUCCAUCAAAACUUAAAA